AUGGUGGCACCUGCCCAACACUUCCGCUUCCGGCCACGCUGCGGCCACGCCCAGCGAGGGGCAGCGGCUCCGCCUCUGUUGGCUCCGGCCAAUCCCCGCGCGCACUUUCGCGAGGCGUCCCGCCCCCUCGGCCGGUCUGACCAAUCAGCGCUCGCCUCGCUCGCUUCCCGCCACCGUCUCUCGCUGUUCCAGCCUCUCUUCCCCGUAAGCCACGCCCCUUCGGCCUCAGACCAAUCACCGUUCUCCUCACCUGUCACACCCCCUCAGGCUCCGCCCAGAUCCCCACUGCCUCCUCCCUUCGAAACCCACCAAUCCCCGCCCGUGUUCCUCAGACGUUGCCCAAUCAGCGCCCGUCGGGGGCAGCGCCGCAGCCAAUCAGAGGCGGCGGCGCUCGGCGGGCCGGUGCAUUCCAAGAUGGCGGCGGUGCCGGGCGGGUCGCGGCGCUUCGACCCCGCGGCGCUGGGCCUGGACCCGUCCUGGCGCCUCACGGCCUACGGGGAGCUGCGCGGCUGAGGCUGCAAAGUCCCGCAGGAGACGCUGCUCAAGCUCCUGGCGGGACUCGAGGGACAGCGCCCGGGAGGAGGAGGCGGAGGGGAAGGGGCGGAAGCGGAGAGCGGCGGGGCCCCGGCACUGGGCAUCGGGCUGGACUCGUGUGUGAUCCCGCUGCGGCACGGGGGGCUCUCGCUGGUGCAGACCACCGACUUCUUCUACCCCAUCAUCGAUGACCCCUACAUGAUGGGCCGCAUCGCCUGCGCCAACGUCCUGAGCGACCUGUACGCCAUGGGGGUCACCGAGUGUGACAAUGUCCUGAUGCUGCUGAGCGUCAGCCAGCGCAUGAGCGAGGAGGAGCGGGACAAGGUGAUGCCGCUGAUCAUCCAGGGCUUCCGGGACGCGGCCGAGGACGGGGGGACAUCGGUGACAGGGGGACAGACCGUGCUCAACCCCUGGGUCAUCGUGGGGGGCGUGGCCACCGCCGUCUGUCAAUCAAGCGAGUUCAUCAUUGUCCCUGAGGGGACCCCUGGGCGCCGUGGGUGUGUCCCCAAGGCCACUGCGGGGUCCCUGACGCUGUCCCCUCGCUGUCCCCUCGCUGUCCCCUCGCUGUCCCUGCAGCCUGAGCGCUGGAACAAGAUCAAGCUGGUGGUGACACGGGAGGAGGUGGAGUUGGCCUAUCAGGAGGCCGUGUCCAGCAUGGCCACGCUCAACCGCACCGGUGGGUGA